AUGUUUGGGCCGUUCAAGUCAUCGCAACCACUGUUGGGUGGUCUACUGUGGAAGAUUCCAUGGAGGAUGUCUGCGCCGCAGAAGCAGAGGCAAAGACGCAGGCUGCAGGCAGUGGAUGAUGUGUUGAAGCAGUUAAAUCUGGGCCUACAGAUCCGCAAGAAGCUCCAAUCGUUGCCCGACCUCCCGUUUGAUGCGCUAAAGCAGGAGCGCGUGAAGAAAUGCGUGGAUAUCAAGCAGCUACGGCUGCUGAACGACCCAGCGGUGUUCCCUGCGGAGCACCAGAUGUCGCCAAAGGACAAGUAUACAGUAUUCAACAAGUCUUCACGGGGUUACCGCAAGGGCGCACAUAAGGUACCGAAGUGGACGAAGGUUUCCAACCGCAGGAACCCAGCCAACUUCUGA